AUUGAUGAAGUUUUCAUUAAACAUAUCGCGUUCUUUUUUCAAAAUAUUUAAUACAUCUGCGAAUACUUUUUGACUCCCCACUCCCUCUCCCUCUCUACCUUCUAUAUUAUUUCCAAAAUACGCAUGUUAGACAACGAGAGCGCUCUUACCUUUUUUAUAAAAACUAUGAAUCCGAAUUUGCAAGCUUUCUUAAAAAGAAACGCUCCAUAUCACAGGAUUCCCACUGAUAUAGACAAUUUCUACGAACAAGAAUACAAGGAUUAUUAUUCACCUCCAACAUUUUCAUCAGUUUCUAGUAUUUUCCGCCCGCCAUUUCGACAUAUUCUUGUAUAUAUUCUUGGAUUACUGUUCGUUUUUACCUUAUUGUUUGUAUUGUUUCGUGGCAAUGAGGAAAACUCCGGAACAUACAAUGACUUGAAGAGCUCGAAAUAUGAAGAUACAACUGUUGAAGAAAUACAAACAAAUGGCAUCGAUUUUCAAAACGCAGAAAAGGAAAAAGAAAAUUCGAACUUCACUACUCCAGAAAUGAAACUCAAAGCUCAAACUCUGGCCGUGGCAAAACCCGACGCGAAAUUGGCAUUGGAUAAUUAUUUGAAAUCAAUUGAUCCACGUGAAACUUAUCCGGAUGAUGUUAAUUCAGUAAAACCUCAUCAUAUUCGGGUAAUUGGUGCAAUGGGAGAUUCGUUAACUAUCGGGUAUUGUGCUAGUCAUUUCAUUGAGAGAAUCAAUGGUCCUAAUCCAGGAAACUCAUUUUUUACUGGAAUCGAUGAAGAAAUAGAUGGACACUUAUCAAUUUACAACAUUUUCCGCGUUAUUGCUGAGGAGACUGGAAACAAAUUAUUUGGAGGCAGCACUGGAGUAGGUUAUGGAAAUAAUACGGGAUUAAAUGUUGCUGUUGGUGGAAUGAAAAGUGAUGAUAUUUUGAGACAAGCAAAGGAUCUCGUUAGCAGAAUCAAAGCAAACAAAGAGAUAAACAUUGAAAAAGACUGGAAAUUAGUAUCUCUAUGGAUUGGAACUAAUGAUGUUGGAAAUCUUGUAUUCGGUUCCGAAAAUCCAAUACCUGUUAAAGAAUACAAAGCUUUUAUUGAAGAAGGUCUUUUGUAUUUGAAGAAGAAUCUUCCAAGAACAAUUGUCAGCAUAAUUGGAAUGUUCCCACCUCAACUUUUACAGGAAGCAUAUUACAUUUUGCGAACAGGAAACCGACCCGGAACUCCUGAGAGUAGAAAGCAACUAGAUGAGCUCUGUGAUUCGUACAGAAAUGCAUCGUAUGAAAUUCAAAACGAAGGAAAGUUUGAUGACAGAGAAUUCACAGUUGUUGUUCAACCAUUUGGUACGGAAUAUACAGAUGCUUUCCGAAAUGAGUUUGGCAAUUACAGUUCAGCACUCUAUGCUUAUGAUGUGUUUCAUCUUGGCAAACUUGGUCAAGCUAUUGUUGCUAAACACUAUUGGCAAAAUCUUUUCGAGCCGGUUGGCGAAAAGACAAAACGAGCUGAAUUGGGAAAUAUUACUCCGGAAAUAUUUGGAUUAUCUUCGGGCAAUUCACUUAUAAAGACGCUGGGAAACAGCAAGAAAUGAGCAAUCGGAUUUUUAUUUUUUUAUCGAAUAUUUCGGGUUUCAGACUAUACACUCUUAUUUGUACUAGUUAAUAUUUCAAUAUCGUUGUUUCUCAAUAAACUGUCAAAUUUUAAC